AUGGGAAAGAGGACAAUUGGCUGGGACCUGUCCUUUGAGAAAAUGACCGUCUCCAACAAUAUAUUGAGAGGUGAUGUGACUUUGUUCCUACUACUCAAAGGAGGCGAUUAUCACAGGUGCCAGUUUCACACUUCUUACAAAACAGAGGAGCCGGUCACGCUGCCUCAGAACCACGUCGUAGAACAUAGCAUUAUGAGAACCGACCUUGAUGACAAAGACGGCAAGAAGGUCCAGCUGGAAGAAAUUGCUGUGGCUCAUGUUAACCCUUUGUAA